AUGAAUCGAUAUAUAACACUUAAUCAAUUGGGUGAUGGUACUUUUGGAUCUGUCGUACUCGGGCAACGAGUGGAUACUGGGGAAAAAGUUGCUAUCAAAAGAAUGAAACGAAAAUAUUAUUCCUGGGAAGAAGCAAUGAAUCUUCGAGAAGUUAAGUCUUUGAAAAAAUUAAAUCACGCUAAUGUCGUAAAACUGAAAGAAGUAAUAAGAGAAAAUGAUAUUCUUUAUUUUGUGUUCGAAUAUAUGAAAGAAAAUUUAUAUCAGCUUAUGAAAGAUAGAGAUAAAUUAUUUCCGGAACCAAUUAUCAGAAACAUGAUAUAUCAAGUACUUCAAGGUCUAGCAUUCAUGCAUAAACACGGAUUUUUCCAUCGUGACAUGAAACCAGAGAAUCUUCUGUGCAUGGGUCCAGAAUUAAUAAAAAUAGCCGAUUUUGGGUUAGCUCGUGAAAUUCGAUCCAGACCACCCUAUACAGAUUACGUAUCAACAAGAUGGUAUCGGGCCCCUGAAGUAUUACUUCACUCCACAACUUACAAUAGUCCAAUAGACAUUUGGGCAGUGGGGUGCAUUAUGGCUGAACUAUAUACUUUUCGACCUUUAUUUCCUGGCAAAAGUGAAAUUGAUGAAAUUUUCAAAAUAUGCGCUGUCAUUGGAACACCAGAUAAAGAUGAUUGGCCUGAAGGUUAUCAGCUUGCAGCCGCAAUGAAUUUUAAGUUCCCUGUAAUAUCAAAAACGCCACUGAAAGAUAUUAUUCCUAAUGCUAGUCAAGAAGCAAUUAUUCUUAUGGAAGAUAUGUUAGAAUGGAAUCCCAUAAAAAGACCCACAGCUCAACAAGCGUUACGAUAUCCUUAUUUCCAAGUGAAUAAUGCGACACGGGUAAUGAGUAGCAGGAAACUAGGACUUAAUUCUCAUCAAGAGCUCGCUAUGAACAAGAUUAAUUUCCCUCCGACAGGACAAGUAUUCAAACACAACCAGGAUCUUAAUAAAAAUAUUGUAGAAUCUCAACCGCCAGAUAAAAUAGUUGUUGCACAAUCGCAACAGCAAUUUACUUUGCCUCUAUUAAGUAGUCGGAAACAUGACAAUGUGCCAAGUUGGGAAGAUGAAAAUUUCACUAGAGGAUUAGGAAAUAAAGUAACCUCAGGAAAUACUGAAACAAAGCUUGCGGCAGAUGGAAUUUGUAAACAAAAUGUUAUAAAUUGGCAUGAAAACUAUGAAACAGAGAAUCAAAAAAUGAAUGGUAAUUGGAUAACAACAGCAUGGAAUGAACAAUUGCCUUCAAGAAACUGGAACCACUCACAGUCAAAUCUUCGAAAUAAUCGAAAAGUCUCAGCAAAACAGCAUUAUCUCAGUGUUGCCCGAUAUGUUGUUGGCCAGAGCACAAAUCUGUCAUCCAGAAGUGGCGAAGUCGACGUCGGUCGACCCAGAUUGUUGUUGAAUGGUAUGGUAGCCCAACCGGUAUCAGAAAAACUAGAUGAUUCAAUGGAUACUUUUUGGGGAACGCGUGAUAAUUUAGAGUCACAAGCAAGACAGCAUUAUCUCUUGAGAAAUCGUUAUAUAUCUGAACAAAAUGGUAGAAUGCCAUACCCUAGCGUUUAUGGGACAUACGCCAUUAAAGCACCGACAAAAGCUAUACUUCAGCCAAGUUUAUUUGGAAACGUAUUAACGUCCCGUCCAAGUGGUGGCCUUCAUGGAAGAACGGACUGGGCCGCAAAAUACCUCAAGUAA